GUUUGUCCUUUCCCGCGCACCAUCGCUAGCCAACAUAGGAAAAUGGCUUCAGCUGAUUCCCAGCCGCGGUUCGGACAGUCUGUCAAAGGCUUGUUAUCCGAUAAAGUGGGCUCCUGCAGCGGGGAUGUUAUCGCGUUGACACGUCAAGUGCUAAAAGGAUCCCGCAGUCAGGAGCUUCUCGGUCAAGCAGCAAGAAGCAUGGUGAUUCAGGAGGAUGCUAUCCUGCACUCUGAGGACAGCCUGAGAAAAAUGUCCAUUAUCACCACACAUUUACAGUACCAGCAGGAGGCCAUUCAGAAGAAUGUGGAGCACUCAAAAAACCUGCAGGACCAGCUGAGACACCUGUUGAAGUAACGGAGAGGACAUGCUGUGUUUACACGGUCUGCAGACGGCGUCUCAGGACACUGUUGGACUUUUAGUUCAAACGAGAUAACAUUUGAAGGGAGGCGCGUCUCUGCGUCAGUGAACCACCGUGAGAUACUUGACAUAAAUGUUGUGUUCAUUAAAGUCACAUCAAACAGCACACAUGCUUCUGUCAUACUGGACUAUAUGUACACCUGUGGGACGGCUGUGUGACAAUAACAUCAAAGACCUGAAUAAAAGUACUAAAUGAG